AUGAACUCUGUCGUAAGAAUAUUACUUCCUUUAUUUUCUGGCAAUGCAAAAGAAAUAUUUUUUAAGGGUUAUAUUAGUGUCGAAGAUAAUCACAUUAUUACAAUUUAUGUGACAAAGUUCGGAGAAACUAAUGAAUUGUUGAUGGCAAAGGAAAAGGACAUCGAGCAUACCCUGUAUGGAUAUAUGGGACAUAAUAUGCACAAGAAAUUAACACACAAAUUUCAGAAUUUUUUAGUAAUAGAACAAAAUUCAACAUUCCACAUAAAGGGGUUAAUAAUAAAUGGAAAACAGUUUAGGAACACAAACAAUUGUAUCACCGUGCUCUAUGACUAUGAUAAUAUUAAAGAUUCUCAAGCAAUUUGUAUAUCUAAAAAUGAUUACCUUGCAAAAUUAAUAGACCUUAUACAGGAUAAACAUGAAGAUUUCUUUGCAAAGAACUGUAAAAAGGAGUCUUACAGUUCUCCUUGGUAUGGUUCCUCUAUGUUAUUGCAACAUGUCUUUAACUAUUGGAGACUUAUUGAAUGGCUUAUUUCUACUCUCAAGCGAGAUAAAAAAGUUUCAAUUAAACAAGGAAAUUUAAUUUUGGCAAUUUUAAUGGAUCUUGCAUUGGGAUAUAUUGCUUUACAAUUAUUGCCAAAGAAUAAAGUAGAUAUUAGCUCAGCGUUGAUGGGAGUUUUAGAGAGACUUAUUAAUUUAUUAUAUUCUCUAUUAAAAUGGCUAAUGGGAGCUCCAGUCGGCUUGAAACUGAACAAUGCUUUCAACAAAAUGCUUGGCAAAUAUUUUCUCUACCAUGUGCAACUUUGGUGGUUAUUUUUAGAUGUGUCAGGAGAGCGGUUGGACAUAAUACUUCAUAUAUAUAACUACAUAGGAUAUUUAGGAUUUACAUUUCAAACGGCAAUAGUAUCUGAUUUGAUAUGCAUAGCCACAUUUCAUUCCUAUUGCAUUUAUGUGUAUGCAGCCAGACUAUUCAACAUUCAAAUAUCUGGCCUUAUUGCUUUACUUCGACUAUUUGUUGGAAGGAAAUAUAAUCCGCUCAGAGGAGGGAUUGAUUCCUGUGAAUAUACGAACCAAGAACUUUUUGUGGGCACUGUUGCAUUUACAAUAUUACUGUUAUUAUUGCCCACAACUGCUCUUUACUACAUCGUGUUUACAGCCUUCCGGGUUCUUUCUCUUGUAAUUCAGUAUGCGUUAUCUAAAUUAAUUUAUAUUGUGCAAACAUCACCUCUGUUUGUCGUAUUCCUUCGAUUGACGCAUUCUUCUAAAGUAAAAGGUAACAUUUUGAUGGAAGUUGUUAAUGAAGAAGAAAAUACUCCCUUGGUGCUCAGGAUAAAAUUAUUUUACAAAUCUAUACCGGAAUUAGUAAAUUUAUUUAAACCGCCAGUGGAUGUACCAAAACAAGUUGAGUGGACAGAUUUACUGUCGAAUGUUCUGGUUGGUAAACAAAUAGUAUAA